CUUCUGGCUCUCGCUUUAGAUCUUGUGUUUGAAGCUACAAAGGCAUAUUGAGAAAUCACGCGUGGGUUACCCUACAUCUCCGUGUUUUUGGUAAAGGAUUCAUUGUCUCAGGAAUCAUGGCUUCUCAGGUGAGGCAGAACUUCCAUCAGGAGUGUGAGGCGGCCAUCAACAGACAGGUCUACCUGGAGCUGUACGCAUCAUACGUCUACCUGUCCAUGGGUUAUUAUUUCGACAGGGAUGACAAGUCUUUGCCCAAUUUUGCUAAGUUUUUCCACGAGCAGUCUAAGGAGGAGAGAGAACAUGCAGAGAAGCUGAUGAGUCUGCAGAACCAGAGAGGAGGACGGAUCUACCUUCAGGACAUCAAGAAGCCGGAUCGGGAUGAGUGGGGCAGUGGUCUGGAAGCGCUGGAAUGUGCUCUGGCUCUGGAAAAGAGCGUAAAUCUGUCGCUACUGGAACUGCACAAGGUCGCGACUCAACACAACGAUCCACAUGUUUGUGAUUUCCUGGAGACGCAUUACCUGGACGAGCAGGUGAAGUCCAUUAAAGAGCUGUCCGACUGGGUGGGCAGCCUGAGGCGUAUGGGAGCUCCUCAGAACGGCAUGGCCGAGUAUCUGUUCGACAAGCACACUCUGGGGAAGAAAAGCUCUUAGACAGUCAGUGUCUCCUGUUUAUGAGGAAACCAGUCAGUCAGCCAAUCAUAGUCAUGCUGGAAACCCUGCUGUAGUUUACUAGAGAUUCUGCCCGAACCUUUGAUAAGCCAUUGCUAUAGCCAGGGUUCGAAUUACACAUUGGCCUUGUUCAUUACAAACAGUGAUAUAUGUAU